UGCAGAAGAAGAAGAAUAUUCGCGCCAGGUGAAAAGCUGUGAAGUAACAAGAACAUGGCGUCGUCAAGCAGAAAUGGAAACAAACAACUUAGUGACGAGCAAAUCAUCAACCGCUGGAGCUUCGACUUUUACGUCUCUAAAGCUUUCGAGGCGUUUAGAAAUGAAGACUAUGAGAACUUCUCCCAGCUCAGGAACCUUAUCGAAAGUUUGGUGGUCAGACCCAUUGAUGGACACUCUGACAUGACUAUCAAACUGCGAUUCAUGCAGUUCCUCUCACGGAUCAAUGACGGGGACAAUCUUGAUGUUACAUUUCAGAAGCCUCUAACACCUUUAGAAUCAGCACUUGGUGUGUUGGAGUCUAUCUGUACAGAAAUGGAUGUCGCCCAAAACUUACUUGAACAAGUUCACACCUCAAUCAGGGAAAUGCUUAUUGUUGUUUGCAUAAAGAGCAAACAAUUUGAAAAAGCUCGAGAGAUGCUGCUUAAACACUUUCCCAAAGGAAUGGAUUCAGCUGGCAAGAAAAAGCUGUAUAUAGAUCUGAUGAAAAGGCGAUGCAGCACACAUUCUGUACUGAAUGUGAUUUCAUACAGUGAAUUCAAACAGGAUAUGCUGGAUUUCAUCGAGAAACUCUACCCCAUUCCCGAGCCUUUCCUAGUCAAGAUGGUCAAGCUGUCGAGACAAGGAAGGACUGUAGACAGUGGGGCUGUACAUAAGCCUCAAGCUGUUCGGACUACCAACGUGCAGUCAUGUACACAGGACCAUGCGAACAGUGAGCAAACAGACAGUGCGCAAAAUUCUCCAUCUAAUUCGCAGCGGAGCACACCAGCCAAAAGUAACCUAAGUGCUUGUUCCCCAGCUCUUUUGGUAACAGUGCACCUGACCCAGGGCAACCUGAAGGCCAUCUAUCCGCAGCUUGCUGAGCACUUUUCUGUCUCCGUCCCCUUCAAUCAGCUGGAAGAUGAAGUGGAGUGUGAAGCACAGCAGGACAAUGCCACGGAUCGUAACAUGGAGUUUUGUCUCAAACUCACAGAGACUCCACUUGAGUUUUUGGAAGAAAAGGAGCAGAGCGUAUGUGUUGGACACUGUGUACAGUCUGAUGGCAGCAAUCAAACUAAUAUGACUCAAAAUUACUGCACAAACCAACAUGUGGAAAAGGAGCAAGAAAGAUCAAAGGACACACCUUUACUAAUCGAUACACAUGUCCAGCAUCCACCUCUUUCUUCUGCUGAGGAUGGCAAGAGAAGGACUUCUGGUGUUGUAUCUGCAGUGAGUGUAGCACAGUUAGUAAUGGAGGAAGACAGCGUCCUAAAUCAACACGAAGCCUCUGAUUCUCAACAGACUCCCAGUCCACUGCAGCUGCACUCUAAUGGAGAGGAUCCACUCAGCUCGCAGUCUGUCAGCUCUCCACCGGUCCGGAAAUACCGCAGACCAGCUUCUUGCAGGAGAAGUAUUCUCAUUGAGCCACAGCCUGCUUCCCACCAGCAGCUUGACAAGCCUCAGAAAUGUUCCACCCCCAGCAGAGCGCAGAACAGCCCUCCUGCCCAAUCCACACCUAAUAAGGAAGGUCAGAAACAACUAAAGAAGAGGCCACACACACGGAGCGUAAGUGAAGAAAGUGUAGAAAGCAUUGUGGCAGACUCUCCAUCAUCAGGAAAACAGGUUGCGACCACAUUUAAACGGAAGCAUUGGAUGGAUGUGUCUGGAGCCCAGGAAGAGUGGAGUGAUGAAGAGUCGCUGUUCUCUGUUUCCACUAAAACAACUGAAGGUAAAAGAUCAAGUAAUGGCCAUUCCAAAAGGAAGAAAUGGAGCGAUGAAGAGUCUGAGUGGGUGAAAAAAGGAGUGGCUCGUUAUGGUGAAGGACGAUGGGAGAGGAUUAGAAGUGCGUUUCCUUUUAAAGGACGAACAGCAGUUAACAUCAAAGACCGCUGGCGCACCAUGCUAAAAUUAAAGAUGGUAUAGAAUUGUAAAUAAGACAAUAAGCAAAUAAAACAAAUGUUAAGAGAGAUUUUUGUACGCGCACUCACUGUGUGCUUUAUUAGUUUCACGUCCCACCUUUGUAAGUAUCACCAACUUCUUAUCCAUGCAAUUGUCUGAACAGCCAGCCAUGUGACAGCAGUGACAGUGACAGUGACGCAGUGCAUAAAAAUCAUGCAGAUGUGCCAAGAUUUUGAAGAGUUUGAAAUGAGCAUUAACUGAAGCACUUAACUUGUAUCUGCAUAGUUUCUUGCAUUGUGUUGCUGCCCAAUGGUGUAAAGAUGCUCCCAGUAAAGUGGACAGUAUUUUGGAAUUUAAUGAGCUCAAUAUCCACAGCUCAUUUAUGUUAACGGACUUGAAGAUAUUUGUUUUUGUGUACACUGUCGUGUGAAGGCUGGGUAAUAAACAGACUAUGCUGAUGUCAUUAGGGUACAAAAUAUAUUUUGUUGUGUUUUUUUUUUAAAUUAUUAUUUAUUUAUUUAUUUGCCUCCCUCAGCAGUUUGUGACUAAAAUCUGUACCAGUUAGGUCUGCAUUUUACAUGUACCCCAAAGUGCUCCAGGUAACAAAGUGGCUGUGUUUCUAUAUAUUUGAAAUGAUUGUAAUGUAAAUAAAAUGCUCAGUCAGGGAGCUAAGACUGUUCAAGUGCAGGUUUCUUGACCUGUCUUAUGUUCAACAAUUCUUUAGAUUCAGUUGUCUGUAAUCUAAACUUGGAGAUUAUAUACAUUUGCAUAAAUGCACUUUGUGAAUAAAUACCUGUGUUUGACUAA